ACCGCAAUAUAGGGAUAUGGCCAGUUUUGCAAAAAAUGGGCUGAUUAUCGACGUAUCCUACUCAGAAUUUUUUUCUGAGUCGAAUGGACCGGGACAACGAUGGUUCCGAAGUCACGUGACCGAGCUAUGGGCUAAUUUGCAUAUGGGCGCCUUACCAUAGUAAAGUAAGCAAAUACCAUACAAAAAGACGGUGCAUUACUUGUUUUGUUCAGAAAAAAUUCUGAGUCGAACAGUACCCAUCUCAGGUGAAUAAUAAAUCACGUGACCAAAUUCUAAAUUUUUUUAAAUUUCGUCAAUUUUCGGGCCUUUUUUAAACUAGUCAUUCUCGUGCUAUUUAACCACGGUGACGUACAAAAUGGUAAAAUGACCCACGAAAGCAGGACACGCUGAUGACGUCAUCGACUCCGUUCCUCUGAAAUGAAUCGUCGUGACCUUUGGAGUAAAGGUCAUCUGAAGGUCACAAGCUAACAUCUAUUUUAGCGAAUCACAUUAAAAAUAAAAUCUAAGAAGUACAGGAUAUCGUAAAAAACAACGAAAUAUAAGAAUUACAAGAAGCAUAAGACAACACAAAAAUUAUAAGAAAUCAUAACAAAUAUAACGAGGAAACAUAAGAAAGAGGUAACCUAAACUGCGAAACAGUGAACGAAACCAAAUCAAUUCUGGGGUGUCAGUUAUUCAUGUAUCGUUUAGAGAAAGGAGUAGCGUUGCGUUUAGUUGUUCCUUCUUCUGCCUUCUUCUGCGCAUAACAUUGCUGUGAGUUGUUACUUUUCCUGUCUCGUUUAAAAAACGAGUAACAUUGCUGUGGGGUGUUGUCACUUCUGUCUCGUUUAAAGAAAGAAUUAACACUGCUUUGGGGUGUCACCAGUUCUUUCUCGUUUAAAGAAAGGAAUAACAUUGCUAAUGGGUGUUAUUAGUUCUGUCUCGUUUAAAGAAAGGAGUAACAUUGCUGUGGGGUGUUACCACUUCUGUCUCGUUUGAAGAAAGGAGUAAUACUGCUGUGAGGUGCUACUUCUUCACUUCUUCUGUUUUGCUUAAAGAAAGGAGUAACAUUAGUUCGAAGUUCUACUUCCUGUCUCGUUUAAAGAAAGGAGUAACGCUGCUGGUAGCUGUAACCAGCCCAUAUGUCUCUUUUAAAGAAACGAGUCACCUAGCUGUGAAAACACAAAUUGUCUGAGAAAUUACGCGAAAAUAAGUUGGCUAAAUAAUAGCAUUACCGCUAAGCAACUAUUAUUUAAUUGUAACUGUUUUCAGUAUUUCAGUCAAGUGACCUUUGUGACCUAGUUUGACCUUUAUGAGUGGAAAAAAAUAUGAGUCGAACGUGUCAUUUAUGACGUAUAUAUGACGUCAUCAGCAAGAAGGAGUAUUAAACUCCUUAAAUCCAGAAAUGAUUGAAUAAAUUCAUAACUUGGUCAUGCGAUCUCUGAUCGACGUGAUUCACGUAUCAUUCGACUCAGAAUUUUUUUCUGAGUCGAAUUUUUUUGUUUUCAUUCGACUCAAACUAGCUAUAAAACGUGUGUUUAUCACAGGUUUUACAUAAAAAACUAUGACGAAGCACCUAAUAUGCAAAUUGACCCAUAGCUCAGUCACGUGACUUCGGAUCUGCUCCUGUCCCGGCACAUUCGAUUCAGAAAAAAAUUCUGAGUAAGGAGCAUCAUCAAUCUUGCCAUUUGAACCUUUUUUGGCCGUAUCCCUAUCUUGCGGUAUUGCCGAUGAAUUGACAUACAAAUUGAAGUACACUGACGACACCGUCCAGACCAAUUAUUCGGAUUGGAUGAAGGCUUCUUGGCCAUUCGGGAGCGUAUCGCGUUGGAAGUUGAGAGGGUCAGUGGGACACAGUUCGGCUGCAGCGAUCGCAAUCAAGACUUCGUGGUGGGAAAGGAAAUGCGAGGCGGUAUUAAUCAUUUCCACAUGUAUCCACUGCCGAAGAAGCGUAUUAUUUUCGAGCCGGAGAAGGUGCAGCCGGACUGCACGAAUGAUUCGGAUAUACAGUUGAACGAGGACACUGACAGUUGUCGCGGCAGUGGCACCAGCGAAUGAUCAGGUGAGUAUCUUUGGUCACUGAAUAGGAUUUUCGUACUGGCGUUAGCGUUUUCCUUGGAUCAUUUCCUUGGAUCACUUUACAGUUUACUUUGUUCAGUUUUGACAAGAAAAUUCUGUGAUCCUUCCCUUACCGCCUUUGAGCCAGAACCACUGGGAAAUCUGGUAACCGGGAUGGAUUUCUAUAAUUCUGUUUCGAUAUUAACAAUUCGCAUCGUGGUUCGGAAUUCUGUGCGAAUCCAUCCGCAGAUUCGGAAAUUAAUAAUUUGUAUUCGCUACUGCUACUUAAUAUAUAUAGAAUGUACUUAUAUACUGUAUAUAGAAUGUCCACUUUUAUAUAGUAUAUAGAACUUCAGCUUAUUCGCCAUUUCUGCGAUUUGGUCGACCGCCCUAGCUAUGAACCACUUAUUCUGCGUGUGACACUUUAAACCGUCAACACUUCAUCCUUCAUCUUCGAUAGUUGGUGACUACUUGGAUAUUUGUAAUUUGUACAUCGUGCUAUGUUCUUUAUGGGCAAAGUUAUCUGCGUCUGCAUUGCCGUUUGGUAUUUGGUUACAUUUAUACUGAGUAUCGUUGAGCUGUUGUCGUUGGAAGCCAAAAAUAACCACCUGUUGCGCUCGGAAACUGCUCGUUUACAGACUCUCCAUCUGCAAACCAGUGAUGAUGAAGCGAUAGCGAAACGACUGCAGCACAAGUACGAGAAAGUCAAAAAUCUGAAGGACGGGAUAUGGUUGAAGCGCGGGACGAAAAAACCAUCCGUUACCGUCUCGGAUCAGUCGGGAAUCAACAGCUCUCUGGUGGCGUUUAUUCGCAGCGAUGCGGACUCAGAGGAAUUCGCCAAAAAUAAGCUGCAUGAUUUCAACGUGUUUCUCAGUGAUCGUAUGCCACUGGAUCGAUCGCUGCCUGAUGUCAGGUCUGCCGGAUGCAAGAAUGUGGUGUAUAGCGAAUUAUCCAAGACCGUCAGCGUGAUUAUUUGCUUUCACAAUGAAGCACGCAGUGUUCUGUUGCGAACCGUCGCAUCCGUCGUUAAUCGGUCGCCCGGAAAUUUACUAGUGGAAAUUUUAUUAAUCGAUGACUUUUCCGCGAAGGAGUUCAUCGGUGGCGAUUUGUUGGAUGUUCUCCGCGCUGUUAGUGCUAAAAUUCAUUUAAUUCGGCUGGAAAAACGCGAAGGAUUAAUUCGUGCACGAGUGGCUGGCGCGCGACAGGCUAAUGGCGAUGUUUUAUUUUUUAUGGAUUCACAUUGUGAAGUAAAUGAAGGCUGGAUGGAGCCACUUGUUGCUGCGAUCCAGGAUAAUCAUUCUACAGUGAUCUGUCCAACCAUUGACAUUAUCCAUUCGGAUUCCUUUGAGUAUGCACCGUCGCCGCAUGUAAGAGGAGGUUUCAACUGGGGCUUACAUUUUCGAUGGGAAUCACUUCCGAAUGCCAAUUCUGAGGGCGAAAUUAUUCACCCAUUUCGCAGUGCCGCAAUGGCCGGAGGAUUAUUUGCAAUACAUCGACACUAUUUUCGUCAGAUCGGCGAAUACGAUACCGGCAUGGAUAUCUGGGGCGGCGAGAACAUUGAAUUAUCCCUGCGCAUCUGGCUGUGUGGCGGGACGCUGCUCAUCUCCCCUUGUUCGCGGGUCGGCCACAUUUUCCGCCACCGGCGUCCUUACGGCAACGACGGCAAGGGCGACACCCAGCUGACCAAUAGCUUGCGGUUGGCCCGCGUCUGGCUGGGCGACUACAUUGACAAAUUCUACGACGCCCGUCCGGAAGCGCGCCAGCUGGACGCCGGCGAUAUUUCCUCCCGGGUUCAACUAAAAUCUGAUCUACACUGCCGGUCAUUUCAGUGGUUUGUCGACAACAUUUAUCCGGAGGCCCUGUCUCCAUCCGGGGCGGUGAUUGAGAAGCCGCAGCUCAGUUUCACAGGAAAAUUCCAACUGCGUCAUGUUCACACAGGGAAGUGUAUCGGCACGGAGUCUCUGGUGCGAGAUGAUCCGGCAGCGUUGGUGGACUGUGAUAAGGACGGGAAACGGGCGCUGAUAUACGAAGAAAAACAAUCGCGCGCCCUGGUGUUGGGCCGGAAGUUGUGUCUGGAAGCGGCGGAUGUGCCGCGGUUGGGCAAGUGCCACUACAGUGGCCAGGAGCAGGCGUGGGUGUAUUCGAAGAACCAGAGGCAUACGUCCAUUAUGAGCGUGGUGAAGGCACUGUGUUUGGGCGUGCGGAAUGAUCGGCUAGAGUUUAUUCGGUGUAAUGAUGAAUCUCAGCUGCUCUUGUGGCAGAUUGUUCAGUGAUAAGGUAAUUGUUGUACUCGAAGUUAUAAUGAGAUCUCAGCAAAAUUUAGUGUUAUUCGUCCUGGGAUUUGAAAGGAUGCUUUUUCGCCCACUGUUAAAAACAGAAUUUUUAAAAAAACUUUGUUUCGGUCAUAAAUGCACAUUUUACAUAAAGACAUUAAAAGGUAUGCUGAUUAUUCGA